AUGGGGAAAGGCAGAACUUGGAGGAAAAGGGAGAGGCGAAAUCAAAGAACCAAUGAAUCACUCUCUUGCCAGACAGAGUACAUUUCUCUCCGAAAAUGGAUGAAAGCAGAGGGUAAUUUUCAAUGCCCCAAACUCAUCCCUUACAUUUUCUCUGAAACUGGCCGUGGCCUGAUGACUCUGAAGUCUUUGAAACCUGGAGAUCUUCUCCUCUCUGUUUCUGACAAACUCAUCAUCACUUCAGCUACUGUUCUCUCCAGUGACAUUGGACACUGGAUCAAAAAAUGUGAGCCUCCAUUAAGUGCACACCAGGUCUUGGCCAUCUUUCUGCUGAACGAACGAGCAAAGGGGCCACAUUCUUUUUGGUAUCCCUACUUACAUCUGCUUCCUGAUAAAUUUGAUACUCCUGUCUUUUGGUCCCCUGCUAUUCUGAACCGCCUCCCACACCCUGCAUUGGCUUGUGCCCAAGCCAGUCUGCACAGCCUGCACACUGCCUAUACCCAUGUGUACACUUGGUGCAAAUCUGUAUGUCCCCAUCUGGCACCUCUACUCUCAUCACAAGAGGAUUUCUUCUGGGCGUGGUAUGCUGUCAAUUCUCGUUGUGUCUACAUGGAAGUACCGCAUUCAUCUUUUAUUCAGGAUGUUCAGAAGAAUUAUGCUCUUGUGCCUUUCCUUGACCUUUUGAACCAUUCACCACAAACACAGGUUUCUGCCAAAUUCAACAAAGUGAAGAAAAGUUUUGAACUUGUGACUGAGAAUAGCUUUCCCAAAUAUGGACAAGUAUUUAUUAAAUAUGGCUGUCACAGCAACACAGAACUUGUGGUAGAAUAUGGCUUCGCUAUCCCACAGAAUCCAUACAAUGUGUAUGAAUUCUUACUAGAUGAUAUCCUGACUGUUGCAAAGAAACUUAAUGUCACUUGUCUUGAACAGAAAGAAAAGAUAUUAUAUUCAAAUCAAUUUGACACUGGCCUAACUUGUGUGGAUGAUGAAAUUUUUUUCUCAUGGAAGCUGUUGGCUGUGGUGCACAUUUUACUCUUACCGUGGCCCCAAAUACAAAACUGGAAGAGUUCCAUAUCUACUGUGUCCUUGUCAUGUGUGUGCAGAGAGAAAAAACUUUUAGCUAUGACCCUCAUCCAAUUUGCCAUAGAAAAGCUCCAAAGGCAGCAGUCACAAACUGACCAGUCUAUAUGUAAUAAUCAUUCAGCCAUUCAUUAUGAACUCUGUAUGACCCUUUGGCAAGACAACUUCACCAUUUUGGAAAAAGCUCAAGAAAUUCUCACACCUUUGUAA